CCAAGAAUAGAAUAGAAUAGGAUUACAAGUGAUUACUAAAUGUAUUUCUAAGGUUUCUAAGAUUUAGCUAUUGUUCUUAAAUAUUAUUGUUUGAAAACAACAAUGUUCAAGGUGCCUGCUCGAUGGAGGAGGCUGAAGACGAAGCGCCGGAGAGCUGCCUUCCGACUCGUGUUCUUCACUCUUUUUGUUUAUUGUUGUUAUUCUAUAUAUGAACUCUUCACCACGAAAGAUAGCUCUGAACCCAUAGUUAGCUUGAACGAUACGUAUAGACAAGUACAACUCCGCCUAGCGCAGGAUUUAAAACAAGAGAAAGGCAUGGGAUGCCGAAAACCAGAUAUUGACCCUUUCUCUGAAGAAGCUAUGAAAGCAUCACUGGAUUUACCUAAAAUUAUUUGCAAGGGCAUCGACUGGGUGACAUGUAAUCGAUCUGAAUGCUCUAUCACAGAAGAAGUAGCAAAAAACAUGUCUGACAUCAGUUGCAUCUAUCGAGAUAUAAUAUAUGUACAUGAUCACCGAUACUUCUUGUCUGGAUGUACCAAAGUUGAUGGGUUUAAGAAAUACAUUCUCAACAAAAGUGACCAUGUCAAAAUAGCCUGCACCGGCACCAUUUUGAAUGGUAAUAAUACACUAUAUCCUCGUUGGCAAGGGCUUCAAGUAGGUUUCCGACCUGUAAAGUCCAAACCAAUUCCUGCAGAUCGCAGGGACUCCUACAACGUCAUGAUACUUGCAUUUGACUCUGCGUCACACAAUGGUUUUAUGAGAAAAAUGACGAAAACUUAUAAAUAUCUAGUUGAUAGAGGGGUCAUUUUGAACGGUCUGAAUGUCGUGGGAGACGGUACACCCGCCGCUUUGUUUGCAUUACUUACAGGCAAACCAGAAGAAGAACACCCAGAUGCAAGGAAAGCAAUCUCAAAUAAUGUAUACGUUGACGAAACAUCAUUUAUUUUUCAUUUGUUGAAACAGUGCGGGUACCGCACGGCAUAUUUCGAAGACUUGCCAGCAAUAGGAACUUUUCAGUACAGGUUCAAUGGCUUUCGUCGCCAACCAGCAGAUCACUACCUGCGAGCCCUGCUAACGGAGAAGGCACAUGAGAAUAGAUUAUUAAGUCUUGUUCAUAAAAACAAUUCUGACUUCUGCCUGGGAGCCAUUCCACAAUAUCAGUUGUUUCUAAAUCUAACUGAUGAGUUCUUACAGUUUGAUGGAAAAAAGUUUUGCUUUACGUUUAUAGCAGACAUCAGUCAUGACAACUUCAACCUGAUCUCAACUGCAGAUGAUGCAGUCCUCUCUUUCUUGGAAACUUUGAAAAGAAAGAAAGUUUUUGAAGACACUCUUGUUAUAGUUAUGGGAGACCAUGGAAGUCGGUAUUCAAAGUACCGUUCAACGUAUCAAGGAAAGAUCGAAGAACGAAUGCCUUUAACAGCUAUCUUCUUACCGGAAAAGCUAAAACAACGUAGACCCAGUGCCCUGAAAGCGCUUAGACAAAAUAAAGCCGUGCUGACCACACACUUUGAUCUACAUACGACACUACUUGACGUGUUAGACUUGAAGGACUACAGCAAUAAGUACAAAGUGCCCGGCUCUGAUAUACCGAGAGCUAUGACUUUAUUAGAACCGAUACCUAGCAAUAGAACAUGCAGCGAGGCAGGUAUCAUGCAGCACUGGUGCGCGUGCGCCGUGUGGGUCAACGUGACGCGCGCGUCGCCCAUGUACGCGCGCGUCGCCAACGUGCUGGCAGGCUAUAUCGACAGCCUCACUCUACAACAACGAUCGAAAUGCGCGAAACGACGUCUCAUAUCCAUAGAGUCGGUGUUACACAAAACCCUCAACGAUCGCCUUUUGAAGCAUGGUUACGAUAAGUACGAGGACUCUUUCCUCGGGAAUCCUAAACACGCAGCACCGAGAGCCGCCAGAGAAUACUAUCAAGCGCAGAUAAUAUUAGAUCCUGGUCGAGGUGUGUAUGAAGGAACAAUAAUUUUCGAUACGAAAUUGAAUUCUUUUAAAAUAUCAACAAAAGAUAUUUCUAGAAUCAGCGCAUACGGAGAUGAGCCGCGUUGCAUAAGCGCGACACACCCCCACCUCAAUCCAUUUUGUUACUGCAAAGACGGUCUUCCAAAGCGGCUUUGGUAUCCAAAAAUGAAGAAAAUAAAUGUCACUUUUAACAAACGAAAAUAA